ACGGUAUACCCGGUUUGAUUGAUGAUGUUUAUGCUCAUAUCAGUUUUAUGCGAUGGCAAAAAAGAAGAAAUACAUCAAAGGAGCUUCAUGGCUUUAUAGACAAUGUAAUCGGAGACUAUGAAAAAUGGAUAGAAUAUCUUAAGAAUUUAAAUGAGUUUGACGCGACGGUAAGAGAACAUGAUUUAAUGCAAGCAUUUGAAAGUGAAAAAAAGGAAUACGAUGAAAAAAUUAAAAGAUUAGAAGGUGAAAUUACCUCUCUUAAGGAUCAACUUAGCGCAAAUCAAGAUAAAAUUAUCGAAUUGGAAACUAAAAUAACUGAAUUGACAGAUAAUAUCGAACAAAUGGAACUAGAUAACGAGG